ACGUUGCGUCAACCGCCAGACCCUCUCAGUCGAUAGUGAUAGCGCCUGUGUUGAUGUCGGCCAUUGCUGCCCUGUUCAAGUGAGGAAACACCUCGACAAAAGUCGCUCCAAGAUGUUUUUGUCCGCCGCUUUUCGGUCUGCUGUUUCCCAAACGGCCAGGCAAGUCAGGAGUCUGCAUCGGUCAGCUGCACGUGCUGGAGCUGGUGGCAUCUUUGUGCACAGAGACACACCUGACAACAACCCUGACACACCUUUUGAAUUCACUGAGGAGAACAUAAAGAGGAUCGAAGCAAUCAUUUCAAUGUACCCAGAUGGGCACAAGCAAGCAGCCACUAUUCCAGUUUUGGAUUUAGCUCAGCGGCAGCAUGGAUGGCUCCCCAUCUCAGCCAUGAACAAGGUGGCCGAGGUGCUGGAAAUCCCUCCGAUGAGAGUGUAUGAAGUAGCAACGUUCUAUACCAUGUUCCUGCGUCAGCCGGUGGGAAAGUACUUUAUUCAGAUCUGCACAACAACACCCUGCAUGCUCUGCAACUCAGACAGCAUCCUGGAGGCCAUCCAAAACAAACUGGGUAUCAAGGUUGGGGAGACUACACCAGACAAGAUGUUCACACUAAUAGAAGUAGAAUGCCUGGGCGCCUGUGUUAAUGCUCCAAUGGUCCAGAUCAAUGACAACUAUUAUGAGGAUCUCACCCCUAAGGACAUGGAGAACAUUAUUGAUGAACUCAAAGCAGGCAGAGUCCCACCACCAGGGCCAAGGAGUGGGCGUUUCUCCUGUGAGCCGGCGGGUGGACUGACUUCUCUGACAGAACCCCCUACAGGACCGGGUUUUGGUGUCAGAGCAGACCUGUAGAGACUUCUGCCACAUCAGCUUUUGCAAAAGCAAUCCAUCCCUAACCUGAUAAAUGUUUUACGUCAAACAAAACGUGUAAAUAAAAUGUUCAUGUACCUAUGC